UCAUCACAGAGGCGUGAGGUGAGGGACGCUGUCUCAAGUCCAUAAAUAGUCAGUGGGACUUUGGAUGGACCGUGGAUGAGUUUAAAUUUGAGCAGGAGAAGGAAAAGGAGAAGGAGUGCCGCCUUGGUUGCAAGCUGAUACCUCAUUUGUCUCCACUGAGUCCUCCCCAGAUAGCAGCUUGGGGCUGUGUUGCGUCCUCCAUGCGUCCAUGAUUCCACCCUGGAUAUCUGCUCAAGGUCUUCCACACUGUGCAAUGUAGUUGAGCUUGCGAGCCUAAAAUGAGCAACAUGUCCCAUUGGAGCCGCACUAUGCUUGGACUUGUUUGGAGCUGCUUGACUUUUCUGUCCUGUGCUCAUUGCGCCUUCAGUGACAACCAUGUGCACUCCAGUUUUAUCUACAGGAAGUUACGCAAUCACGAGCGACGCGAGAUCCAAAGGGAGAUCCUCUCCAUCCUGGGUUUGCCCCACCGCCCCAGGCCCUUCUCUCCUGGGAAGCAGGCAUCCUCCGCACCGCUCUUCAUGCUCGACCUUUACAACGCCAUGGCCGUGGAGGAAGAGGUGGUCCCACAAGGUGCAGGAAAAACCCACAUUGCAAAGGCCCAAGGGCACUCCAGGAAGGGUUACUACAGUCCCCAGCAUGUGAGCUACUCCCGUGUGGCACAGUCCUACCGGGCGGCCCCUCUGCUGGGUCAAAGCCCGGCUCUCACCUCGACGCAUGACAACAACUUUCUCAAUGAUGCAGACAUGGUGAUGAGUUUUGUCAAUAUAGUGGAGAAAGAUAAAGAUUUCUCUCACCAACGAAGACACUACAAGGAGUUCCGUUUCGAUCUGACUCAGAUCCCGGAUGGGGAGGCGGUCACCGCUGCGGAGUUUCGCAUCUAUAAGGACCGCAGCCACGGGCGCUUUGACAAUCUCACGCUGAAGGUUACGAUUCAUCAAGUCAUUAAGGAGUUUCCAAACAAAGAUGCGGAAACCUUCUUGCUCGACUCCAAAAGGGUUCAAGCAUCUGAUGGAGGUUGGCUCGUGUUUGACAUAACGGCUACCAGCAACCACUGGGUGAUGAAUCCACAGCAGAAUUUGGGCCUCCAACUAUGUGUGGAGACUUUAGAUGGGCGCAGUAUCAACAUGAAAUCUGCCGGCAUUGUGGGGCGCAACGGACCUCAGUCCCAGCAACCCUUCCUGGUUGCUUUCUUCAAGGCCAGCGGCGUGUUGCUUCGCUCUGUCAGAGCCACCAGUGGGAAAAAGAAGAACCACAACCGCAAUAAAUCCACACAUCAACAGGAAUCAUCAAGGGCACCUAAAACUGGAGAUUUCAACAUGAGUGAACAAAAGCAAGCCUGCAAGAAGCACGAGCUGUACGUCAGUUUUCGGGAUUUGGGUUGGCAGGACUGGAUAAUAGCGCCUGAAGGCUACGCUGCUUUUUAUUGCGACGGCGAAUGCUCGUUCCCACUUAAUGCGCACAUGAACGCAACUAAUCACGCCAUUGUCCAAACUUUGGUUCAUUUAAUGUUUCCUGACAAUGUGCCAAAGCCGUGCUGCGCCCCCACCAAACUCAAUGCCAUUUCAGUGCUUUACUUUGACGACAGCUCAAAUGUCAUUCUCAAGAAGUACAGAAAUAUGGUGGUGAGGUCUUGUGGUUGCCAUUAGUGCCUGCCGUUACAUUAAUUUAUACUAUCUGGAAAAAUAAUAGAUUGGAAAACACAUCAUCUCUGGCUGUGAUGUGGUGUACAGUGUUAUUGUAUAUAGAGUUUUAUUACCUAAUUUAUUCUCAGUUCAAAAUUAGCACUGAAUACUGUGAUAUUUAAAUGAUUAGCAAUAAUUUUGUUGAUUAUGUGCUUAUUUCAAAUAAUUAUGUCCGUCGGCAUAUACGUAUUCCUUUUAAAAAGCAUUACUUUUAAGAGAAAACUGUUCACUGGAGUCAUCAUGAAAGACAUUUUUUUCCUUCUUUUAUAGAUGAUCUAAAUAUAGCAGCAAAAUAUCGGCAAAACAAUAUUCUGAACUCUAUGCUCAUGUUGAUUUUGUCAGUAAUUGUUAACUGUGGAUGUUAAAAAAGCAUACUUAAAGGAGGGUGAAAUAAUUUACAUCACAAAUGAGGGUGGCUGAUGGAAAUGUGGAGAAAAAUGAGACUUUUCUAAUGGAAACAAGCUGCAAAGAGGCAUUUUCGAUGUAGCUAUCGUCAUCUUUCAAUUCCAGAGAUAUUCUUCACCUCUUCCGUUCCAGCUCUUUUGCUUGUUUUGAACCCUUGUGGAAUUAUAAUGUUUUUUUUUCUUUUGUUUUUUUACUUAACAUUACCAAAGAUGAUGUUCCUCCAUGGCUUUUACUGUUCUCCUCUAUUUCAAUGUGAUUUUUGGACAAAGUGUACCUAAUAGUGUUGUGUACUUUUAA